AUGACAGAUGAUAUAAAAGAUUCAUCUAAAGAACUCGAUUCAUGGAUUGAACAACUAAAAGAAUGUAAACAAUUACAAGAGAAUCAUGUAAAAUUUCUUUGUGAUCGAGCCAAAGAUAUUCUAUCGAAAGAGUCCAAUGUACAAGAAGUUCAUUGCCCAGUAACAGUCUGUGGUGAUGUACAUGGACAAUUUCAUGAUUUAAUGGAACUUUUUAAAAUUGGUGGUAAUGCACCUGAUACAAACUAUUUAUUUAUGGGAGAUUAUGUUGAUCGUGGUUAUUAUUCAGUUGAAACUGUCACACUACUGGUCGCAUUAAAAGUUCGUUAUAAAGAUCGAAUAACAAUUCUUCGUGGUAAUCAUGAAUCUCGACAAAUUACACAAGUAUAUGGAUUUUAUGAUGAAUGUUUAAGAAAAUAUGGCAAUGCUAAUGUAUGGAAAUAUUUUACAGAUUUAUUUGAUUAUCUUCCAUUAACAGCUAUUGUUGAUAAUCAAAUAUUUUGUUUACAUGGUGGACUUAGUCCAUCAAUUGAUACAUUAGAUCAUAUUCGAGCUUUAGAUCGAAUUCAAGAAGUUCCACAUGAAGGACCUAUGUGUGAUUUAUUAUGGUCGGAUCCAGACGAUCGUGGUGGUUGGGGACCUAUGUGUGAUUUAUUAUGGUCGGAUCCGGAUGAUCGUGGUGGUUGGGGUAUUUCACCUCGAGGAGCUGGUUAUACAUUUGGACAAGAUAUAUCGGAAACAUUUAAUCAUACCAAUGGUCUUCAACUUGUUUCACGUGCUCAUCAAUUGGUCAUGGAAGGUUAUAACUGGUCUCAUGAUAAAAAUGUCGUAACAAUAUUUUCAGCACCAAAUUAUUGUUAUCGUUGUGGUAAUCAAGCAGCAAUCAUGGAACUUGAUGAUUCAUUAAAAUAUUCAUUUCUUCAAUUUGAUCCAGCUCCACGUCGUGGUGAAAUUCAAGUAACACGCAAAAUACCUGACUACUUUUUAUAA